GGGUACGGCUGCCUGUGCCCGGCCGGUUACAGCGGGCCACGCUGUGAGCAAAGGCAGAACAGCGGAGGGAGGUUGGGUUUCUGCCCUGAUAUCACAGAUGACAGGGUCGGGCUGUGCGUCGAGGAUUGCACGGACGAUUCGUCCUGCCCAGCCCCGCUGAAAUGCUGUUCCAAUGGAUGCGGCCACGUCUGCACGGCUCCGGUCAUAACAGAGGAGAUGAAUUGGUGUAUGUCCAACCCGUGCGGCAACGGCGGCACGUGCGUAUACAACAGGCAUGGGUACGGGUGUCUGUGCGAUGCUGGUCGAUUCGUCGGCAGUCACUGUGAAGUACCUGUUCUCCAGUCCCCAUCACCAUCGUCGUCAUCGUCGUUUCCUUCAUCCCCAUCACCACCAUCACCAUCACCACCAGCAACAUCGUCGAUAUCACCACCAUCUUCAUCAUUGUCUUCAUCAUCAACAUUGCCAGGAGACGACAAUCCUGGUAGCCCUGAGGACGUCGCUGGUAACCAACAGCUGCCGACGGCCAUCAUUAUCGCUGCGGUUUGCAGUGUAAUAAUAAUUGUAGCGAUACUGGUGCUCACCGGGAUUUUCUUGUACCGAAGAAGGUGA